AUGAAUCAUAGCCCCUUUGUACAGAAUCUCAUGCUCAGCGCAUCGAUCUUUUGCAGUCCUGGACUGUACUUGGCCAUUGCGACCCUCGGAGCAGGAGGUGGUCGUCCCAGUUCGAUUCAGAUGGCCAACAUCAGCAACGCCCUGCUGUACGCUGCAUUUGUGUUGGCCGGAGUCAUCGCCCCGACGGUGCUUAGCAAGCUCGGACCUCGAUAUACUAUCAUCAUCGCCAUAUCUGGAUAUGCUAUUUAUACCGGCGCUAUGUGGUAUUUUGAUGCGCAGGACACCUUCGGUAUCCUGCGGUUGCUGGCAUUCACCUGGGAAUUACGGCCGCAUUUCUUUGAACCACCGCCGCUCUCAUUCCCAAUUGCUAUUCCGAAGAGAAGCAACGAGGAUUUUGGCGUGCCAUGA